GAAGAAAUCACGGAAGCACAUGGUUCCCAAAACCAGAGUGGAUAUAUUAAGAUCUAGCUAAACUCUUCUGGAUAUUUACACUUGUUAUUUUCCAUUAUCUCCAGAUAUCAACACUGACGUUGAGCCGUGUAGUUUGUAAUCAUUGCCACGUCUUUGUUGGUCAACGUGAAGCAAACACGUUUAUUUCAUUUCCAUCAUGGUCCGAACAAAAAGGACUAUAAAGAUACCAAAGCCAAAAAAGACCGAUCGCCAUGAUGAAGACGACCCUGAAGCCUACAAGAACAUGCCUGUCCCUGACAAGAAAUCGUCACAGUACACAAAGGACAAAAUUGACGAGUUUCACGAUGAUAAGAUUGCAAAACUUCUCGCCAGCGGUGUUCAAAUGGAGAGCGACCAGGAGGAACUGGAUGAUGAGGAGGAAGUGAUGGCCCUGGACGAUUCAGAGGAUGAUGACGAAGAUGAGGAGGAAGAAGAAGAAGAGGAUGAGGGGACAGACAUGGAGAGUGAUCUAGAGGGCAAAAAAGAAGAAGGUAAACAUAAAAAACACAAGUUUACGUCCAGGAUUUGUUUUAAUGUCAUUCUAUCUUAUUUAACCGUAACUGUGUUGCCUUCCUCAGAUCUUCCUAAUGAAAUGGCCUGGGGCACCAAGAAGAAGAUGUUCUACGACUCCGACUACGUCACCACCAAGGGAAAAUCUCAGGACGAGUUGGAAGUUGAGGAACAAGAGGAAGAAGAAGAGGCUAAAAAUAUCCAAAAACGUUUAGCUGCAAAUCUGAGCGAGGAGGAUUAUGACUUAAACUUUUUUCAGGAAUUUGCUGUGGAGGAGAAGGAUGAAAACAAGACUGUGGAAAAGGAAGAGAGGAUUGUGAAAGACCUGAAGCAGAUGUCCAAGAAGGAAAAAAUGAAACUUUUAAAGAAAGAGUCACCAGAGCUGCUUGAACUUAUUCAGGACUUCAAGGCAAAGCUUAGUGAACUGAAGGAUGAGCUGCAGCCUCUCAUGCAGAUGGUCAAGAAUGGAAAGAUCCCACCAGGAAAGGGUGCUGACUACCUGAAGACUAAACAGCAACUGUAUCUGAAUUACUGCACAAACAUCAGCUUCUACUUGGUGCUGAAGGCGAAGCGAAUCCCUGCUCAUAACCAUCCAGUGAUUGAAAGACUGCUCACCUACAGAAAUCUCAUCAAUGAGCUCGGUUCGGUAGAUGCCCGGCUUGCACCUCAGUUUCGCAAGCUGCUAGCUGGUGAGGAGAAAGAAAAGACCAGCGGCAGACCAGCGGAGGGAAAGAAGACCAGAGUCGCCAGCAAGAAGGAAAAGGACUCGGGAGAAGCUAUGCCGGAGGAUGAGGAGGACUCUGACUCUGACCUGGACGAGGAGGCGGCUCUGCGUUUCUACAGAGACGUGGAGGAGCGGUCGAAAUUGAAGAGAAAGGGCAAUGACCCAGAAGUUGAAGUUGAAGAGACGGAGGAGAGAGAAGAUCAGGAGGAGGAUCCAGAUGCUAAGAGAGGAAUCACUUACCAGAUGGCCAAGAACAAGGGGCUCACACCUAAGAGGAAGAAAAUUGACAGUAAUCCCAGAGUCAAGCACAGAGAGAAGUUCAGACGAGCCAAAAUCCGCCGAAAGGGCCAGGUGCGAGAUGUUCGUCGGGAGGAGACGAGAUACAGUGGAGAGAUGUCUGGUAUUCGUGCUGGUGUCAAGAAGAGCGUCAAACUUAAGUAACCAUGCAAGAAUAGAAAAUAUGCUGCCGAGUGGAAUCACGGGAUUGAAAAACUACCAAUGGACUGUACUCGUAAUCUUUCUUAUAGGUGUGUAGUAAAGCAUGUCACUGAAUUAUUCAGCGCUCAGUAAUUUGUUGUUGAAAAGUCAUCAACUUAGUUUUCUAUUCUAGAUCAAUGCACAACGUAAAUAAACAUUUAAUAAACUUUCAAACUUGUAUAUUGUACCUGUUCAGAGACACCAUUAUUAAAAGGAC